GUGGCACUGGUGGUUAUGCGCAGACUCCGUGCACUCUUCCUCAGCAGUGACUACAUGAUGGUGUUGAAAAUGCAGUUCAUGCAAAGCGCGUUUUUGCUCCUCAGCGCUUGCCUCAGUCUCGUUUCUGCGCUCUACUUUCACAUCGGAGAGACAGAAAAGAAAUGCUUCAUUGAAGAAAUUCCGGAUGAAACCAUGAUCAUCGGAAACUACCGAACACAGUUGUAUGACAAGCAGUCGGAAUCGUACAUGCCUGCCACGCCAGGGCUCGGGAUGUUUGUGGAAGUUAAAGACCCUGAUGAGAAGGUGAUCCUGUCUCGUCAAUAUGGGUCAGAAGGCCGGUUCACCUUCACGUCCCACACGCCCGGAGAACACCAAAUCUGUUUGCACUCCAACUCCUCCAAAUUUUCUCUGUUUGCUGGUGGAAUGCUCCGAGUUCAUCUGGACAUCCAAGUGGGUGAGCACGCGAACAACUACGCAGAGAUCGCGGCGAAAGACAAGCUGACCGAGCUGCAGCUGAGAGUGCGCCAGCUGGUGGAGCAGGUCGAUCAGAUCCAGAAGGAACAGAACUAUCAGAGAUACCGUGAAGAGCGCUUUAGACAGACCAGCGAGAGCACCAACCAGAGAGUCCUGUGGUGGUCUAUCGUCCAGACGCUGAUCCUCGUGGCUAUCGGUUUCUGGCAGAUGAGACAUCUUAAGAGCUUCUUUGAAGCCAAGAAAUUAGUGUAAAGUGUGUGUGUGUGUGUGUGUGUGUGUGUGUAUGUAUGUGUGUGCCGGUGUUUCUUGAUUUAACAUGCAGUAUACAGCUGAUUGAAAAGUCAAGUCUAGACUGCUGAAAUGAACCUAAGUUGAACCUUUCUCAGAAAAAAAAAAGAAAGAAAAAGAAAGAAAGAAAAUUCUCCCAGAUUUGCUUUGAGAUUAUUUCACCAAUUUUUUUUUUUAAUGCCACUUCUUUCUCAGCUGUAUUCCAGUACUUCCUAAGGCCAAACCACGUUACUUUUAUAUAAUGUUUUUGUUUUGUUUUUUUUGUUCUUCUAUGAAUGAAAACGGACUUUAUACAGAAAUUCUGAAUAUGAUCAGUUUUGGUUUGUGAACCAAGCAAUCAGGAGUUUUGUGUAAAUUUGUCCUACACUGAAGAUGCACACAUUCUAGACACAACUGUUCAAUUCUGUUGCUUCAUGUACAGCACACUCUUUGUUGGUUAGACAUUAGUGACUUAUGUUAGGUUUGGUUAUUUCAGAGUGAAUGUAUGUCCGUACUUUUAUUUAAUAUUCAUUUUGUUUAAUUUGCAUCAACUGUUUUUCAGCCUAAAUGUCCAGCCAAAUGGGUUAAGAAGGCUGUUUACAGCUCUAGUAGCCUUUCUGCAGGCAACAGCACAGACACCAGAUCUACUGCAACUACAGUGACAAUAUGUUUUUCCCUCCCCAGCAUUACAUGCAUUGAAAAAGAAAAACGACAAUUCAUGGUUUGAUAAUGUUUGAUGUUUGAACUUAAAUUUGGGAGGGGGAAAGGCAGAAUUAUAAUCUUCUAUUAACUGUAAGUAUCUUUGAUUUAUUGUCUGUAAGUCACUCAGUUUCAUAAAUCACUCUUAUGUGGUUUAUUUAAAUUUCAAAGGUCUCAUCUUGUACUUACUUUGAUUUUAAUGUCCUGCAAUCAUCUUGGCCAUUUAUUUUCCUGUGUGCGCAGAGACUCGGGUACUUCUCGAUUUGAUAAAAACAACAUUGUCACCUACUUUAUUCACUAAGAGCUGCAGUAUCGACCCUGCAAAUGAACCCGAUCACUAUGCUCUCUAAGGCUGAAUUUCAUAUUUCAGUUCAAUUUUAUUACUUGAAGUUUUCUUUGUCCCAUAUAAAUUAUUUUCAACUUCUUCCUUUUAUCGUUUCUUUCCCGACACUUUUGAACCAUGUAGGAUGUGACCGUGUACUUCUUUUAAAUUUGGGUUCUUGCUAGACAUUUGUGUACACAGAUAUUGUUGGCUGAGGGGUUUAAACUUUUAAAAUGAUUAGAGGGAAAGACUGUGUCAUGUGUUCAUGAUUGCACUCAAAUAAAGCUUUCAUCUCCCUCCA